GUCCCUGUUUGUCGCUCUGUUCCCAUUCCAGGGGGGCUCAGCCAGGCCGAGCUGAUGAUGAUGACGAUCGCCGACGUCAUCCAGCAGCUCAUCGAGGCCCACGAGCAGGGGAAAGAGGUGGAUCUCAACAAGCUGAAGACCAGGACGUCGGCCAAGUACGGGCUGUCGGCGCAGCCGCGCCUGGUCGAGAUCAUCGCGGCCGUCCCGCCCCAGUACCGCAGGGUCCUCGUGCCCAAGCUGAAGGCCAAGCCCAUCAGAACUGCCAGUGGGAUUGCGGUCGUGGCUGUGAUGUGCAAACCACACCGGUGCCCACACAUCAACUUCACGGGCAACAUCUGUGUAUACUGCCCAGGUGGACCUGACUCGGAUUUUGAAUAUUCCACACAGUCUUACACUGGAUAUGAGCCCACAUCCAUGAGGGCCAUCCGGGCUCGCUACGAUCCCUAUCUCCAGACACGGCACAGAGUGGAACAGCUGAAGCAACUGGGCCACAGCGCGGAUAAAGUGGAGUUUAUUGUGAUGGGUGGAACCUUCAUGGCUUUGCCUGAGGAAUACAGAGAUUAUUUCAUCAGAAACCUGCACGACGCCCUGUCGGGUCACACUUCCAACAACGUGGCGGAGGCUGUCAGGUAUUCUGAGCACAGCCUGACCAAGUGUGUGGGGAUAACGAUCGAGACGAGGCCGGAUUACUGCCUGAAGAGGCACCUCAGCGACAUGUUGUCCUACGGCUGCACGAGGCUGGAGAUCGGGGUGCAGAGCGUCUACGAGGACGUGGCCCGGGACACCAACAGAGGCCACACGGUGAAGGCUGUGUGUGAAUCCUUCCACCUGGCCAAGGAUGCUGGAUUUAAGGUGGUGGCCCACAUGAUGCCUGACCUCCCAAACAUGGGCCUGGAGAGGGACAUGGACCAGUUCGUUGAGAGAAAAACUUUACACGGGUUUUGCACUUCAGACAAUGAAAAAACGCUUUAUUUCCUGUGCUCGGCCCUUGAGGGGAAAGCUGACCCUUCCAGAAAUGUCAGAACCGGGAGUUUCUGCGCUCGGUAAAAAGCGAAGGUGAAA